AUGAAGUUAUCACUCGUUCUAACAACAGGUAUCUUGGCUGUUGCUAGUGCUGCGCCGAAGGCAAAGUAUAUGGAGAAUGACAAGCUGGCUGAUCGGGGUUUGAACAACUUGAAGGCAUACGUCGCCGAAUACGGCUAUCCAAACGCGCAUAAGUGCACUUUGGAGACUGCAUAUGUAAGAAAGGAAUGGGCGAAUCUUUCAAGAUCUGAGAAACGUGAUUAUAUCAAAGCGGUGCAGUGUCUUGGGAAGAAGCCAGCCAAAACCCCGGCUGCGAUCGCUGCGGGCGCGAAGAGUCGAUACGACGACCUUGUCGUGACACAUAUUCAGCAAUCGCUCUUUAUUCAUGGAACGGCCAACUUUCUGUCAUGGCAUCGGUACUUCACUUGGACGUUCGAGCAGAUGCUUCGCAAUGAGUGUGGUUACAAGGGUUACCAGCCCUACUACAACUGGGCUCAUUGGUCGCAUGACCCAAAGAGCGGACCAUUCUUUGAUGGCAGCGAAUUCAGCAUGUCUGGUGAUGGCGCGUACAUUCCGGGAAGAAACUACUCUUGCUUUCCAUAUGAAGACCCAUGUCUCAUGAAGCUGCAACCUGGCUCGGGAGGUGGUUGUGUCACUUCAGGUCCGUUUAAAGAUUGGAAGAUCAACAUGGGCCCCCUGCAAACGAUGCUGAAGGUCCCUGGUGGUAUACCACCAAAUCCACAAGCCGAUGGUUUGGGCUACAAUCCACGCUGUCUUUCUCGCGACAUUAGUCUACAGGCAGCGAAUUCAACAAGUGACUUCGAAGUCUCUUCUCUCAUCAAGAUAAAAGACCUAGCGCGCUUCCAAACGGUUUAUCAGGGAGAGUUUGAGAAAAACUUCAUGGGCGUACACACGGGUGGCCAUUAUACUAUCGGAGGAGAUGCCGGCUCAGACUUUUACAACUCGCCUGCAGACCCAGCAUUCUUUCCUCAUCACGGCAUGAUUGAUAGGGUAUGGUGGUAA